ACAAUUACCAAUGGUAUCGUUACCAGAAUUUUCAGGUUCCUUUGAUUCAUGGCUUGAAUUCCGUGAUACCUUUUCCAAUAUGGUUAUUGAAAACCAAACUUUGGCUCCAGCUACAAAGCUGUAUUAUUUGCACAAAGCUCUCAGUGGUGAAGCCCUUGCACGCAUUCAGAAUAUUCCUCCAGGGAAUGGAAACUUUGAGCUUGCAUGGAAUCUGCUUACACAGAGGUACAAUAACCCCAGAUUAAUUGCAAGUACCCACAUUCAAGGUAUUGAAUCACCCCCAGCACUCAAGAAAAAUUGUUCCAAAUCUCUUAGAGCUUUCAUUGAUCACUGUAAAUGUCACAUUAAUGCUUUAGAAGCGCUCAAAUUGGAUGUUCAAAUUAAAGAUUUACUUUACAUGCAAAAAAUCACUUCUCAACUUGACUCUAAUAUCUUGCGCGAAUGGGAAAAAUGCAUUGAAAUAAAUGAAAUCCCUACUAUGGAUAAACUGUGGGAAUUUCUUGAAAAUCAAUGUAAGGUAAUGGAUGCUAUUUCAUCUCAUAGCCCCUCAAAUCCACCAACUAAUCAAAAGGUUUUUACUCAAGCUACUUCAAAUGCACCCAAUGUUAGGCAAAAUACUCGUCCUUUUGCUCAAAAUAAUACUCUGAAUAAUUUUCAGCCAUCAGUAUCCUGUCAAUUUUGCAAUGAUCGAUCUCAUGGGAUUUUCAAAUGUGUCAAUUUUUCAAAGAUUCCCAUCAAUCAACGUUAUGAUGCGAUCAAAAGGAAAGGGUUGUGUUUCAAUUGCCUUAAUCCUUACACUGACAAUCACAACUGCUCUUCUAAGAGAUGCCAAAAAUGUGAUAAGCGACAUCACACUGUUCUACAUGAUUCCUUUACUAGCAAUUCAGGAGCUGAAGUCUCCAAUCAGUUGGAAACCUUCUGGAAGCUGGAAGAAGUCUCUUCAGUUAUUCCUAUCUCUCCUGAGUGUGCUAGGGUUGAAGCACACUACAAAGAAAAUACCAUCAGGCAUGAGGAUGGUCGUUUCCAAGUGUCCUUACCUCGCAAGGAUUCAUUUGCCACCCUUGGUCAUUCAAGGACUCAAGCUAUGAAACGUUUCCAUUCAUUGGAAAAAAGAUUUCUUAAAGAACCUGAGCUCAAACUUCAAUAUGUUGAAUUUAUGCAGGAAUAUGAAGAUUUAGGUCACAUGCAUCCUGUACUGCCACCA